AUAUGAGUUUGUGAGAAUGUGUGAUGAGGUUGCUCGACUGUGACCGUGACAGACUAUGUAAAGCAGGGCGAGUGUGUGUGUGUGUUCAAGGUUUAAUUUCAGAAGCGACUGAGGACAGCGACAGUAAAUAUCUUCACCAAUGGGCCUGCAAAAUUCCCACCCCAAGUUGUUCCCCGGGGACAUCGUGGAAUAUCCCAGGAACAAGUACUUCUCCCAUUUCGGAGUUUACUACGGAGAGAGGGACGGCGUUCCCUACGUGGCUCACCUGACAUGUCGAGAUUCAGACGCUAAGCUCCCGCUCUUUGGCCGAGCACUGAGGUCAGAGGUUAAACUUGAUCCACUUUACCUGCUGGGGAACAAAUACAAGGUCAGCAACAUGCUGGACGACUGUUUCCCGGCCAGAGACUUCCAAGGCGCGGUGAAGCCGAACAUUGACGAGAUGCUGGGCCGCGAGGUGACCUUUGACAUCCUGUUUCACAACAGCGAGCACCAGGCCACGCUCUUCAGAUACGGGGUGAAGAAGUCUGAGCAGAUAGAGAUAAUCUAUAAACACAUCAUGCCGGCCUGGAAGAAGCUGUUUGACAACAAGAAACUGUGAGAAACGGCCUCAGCCACCGGAGGGCGCCGUUGUUCCUCUGAACUGAUGUCAGAGAAAAGGUUAAAAUGUUUUUACAGUGAAGUUUUAAUAUUCAAAAAAAAUAAAAAUAGGGCAAAAUGUAUAUUGGGAAAUUUUAUUGUUACAUCUAUUAAUCAUGUUAAAAUUUUUAAUCUUAAUAUUUUGACUUAGAGUGGGUUAUGGUUAGAGUGGUAGUGUGAAAAUGAAAUUAACUGCUUCAAUCACUAUUGUAUUAAAAAAUGAUUUACAAAAAAUA